AUGGCAUUCACGCAGUUGCUAGACAGAGGCUUGGCAUCAGAUGUCGUCCUGGCAAGCUGGUGUCCCACCAUGGAUCUCCUGGCCCUGGUCAUGAGCGACAGUCAGCUGAGCGUGAACCGGCUCAACAAGCAGCGGCUGUGGGCGCUGGCUCCCGACAGCAAGAUCACAGCGAUCACUUGGCAGCCUGAUGGCAAAAUCCUUGCCAUCGCAAUGCAGAGGGGAGGGAUCUGGCUCUUGGACGUUGAGAACGGUGAGGCUCGGGUGAAGGACUGGGAGCAGGAGCCCCCGGUCGUGCACUUGUCAUGGACGGAGGAGGAUGGGGCAGCCGCAAGGCCAGCCAGGACUCCCCUGGUUGCCGCAGGAUCCGAGCCGCGAUGCUGUCACAGUGCUCACGCGGGCCCGGCAGACAGAGCGCAGGGCGCCUUUUCGCAGGAGGGCCACCCUCCAGACCUACCUGACAUGCCCUCCCGCCUCAGCAUGCUGUGUGCGGCCGAUGAGAGCGCAGCCGUGCGGCUGCUGGCCUUUGGCUCAUUCUCGCUGGGCUGCGCUGCACUGCCCGGCACGGAUCCAAAUCGCGCCACAGUGCAGCAGCAGCCAGCGCCGCGCAUUCUUCAUGCUGAGAUGACGCGCGACCUGUCCCGGCUAUGCACCAUUUCUGUCCAGAAGGCCUCAGGGUGCAGUGACGCGGUGGCAGCAGCGCAGAAGGAGUGGCAGGGUGCAAUGGCGUUGGUGGAUGCAAAGAUGGAGGAGUUUCGCGGGCUGCUGGUCAGCUACGGCAGAGAGUGCAGCCCAGAGGAUCAGCUGCUGGCAGCGCUGGCCGCCGGCGCCCUCACCCCUGCCAUGCAGCACUUCCUCACUGCCAUCCUAGGUGAGGCGAAUCUGAAGCGGCUGGCGAGGGCGGUGGAUGGCGCGGUGGCGUCGGUGGCGCGCAUGCUGGUGGACCAGGUGCAGUGCAGCCUGGAGGCGGUCGCCCUGCAGCUGGGUGAUGCGCUCGGCCUCGCGCGCUGCUCCCCCUGGAUGGCCCCCCUCACCCUGCAGGAGUCGGCGGUGGCGGAGGCGGCCGCGGCGGCGCAUGCGCUGGUGCUGCGCUCGGAUGCGCUGCGGCGCGCGGUCGUGGGCGUGGGCGCGCACUACCGCACGCUGUUUGCGUGGCUGCUCACGCUGUGCCGGCACGUCAACGAUGACGCCUUGCCGGCCGGCCCGUCUGGCGCGGCGUACCGGGCCGACCCUCACGCGCUGGCCGCCUUCAUCCGCGGGCCCUUCCGGCGCGACGCCAUCGGCCCCCAGCUCAGCUGCGAGGGGCCGGAGGCGGUGCCGCCGCUGCAGGCGGGAGAGCGGCCGGGCAUGCGCGCGCUGCUGGGGCUGUUCGGCUGCGCGGCAGCGGAGGGAACAUCGCUGCGACACGGGCUGGGCGCGCUGACGCAGCAGUGCCGGGGAGUGCUGGAGUGCGCACAGCACAGCCUGGCGCCCAGCAUGCAGCCCCUGCUCAGCGUCUGCCUCGCCACCCUGCCCCAGCCCUCCCACCGCCUUGCCUUCACUCUGCCGCAGGGUGGACGCUCUGUGGCGAGGAUGUGCUUCCUGUCGGAGCCAGGUGGGGGCGGCCCAGCGCAGAGCCUCCUGUUUAUAGACAUUUGCAUGGGAAACAGCGAGGAGCCCAGUCCGCUGCAGGUGGUCCCCACGGUGGCUGAGGUUGAGGGGCUGGGGCACAUUGCGGAUAUUGCCUUCUACAAGGAGAACCACCUGGCAGUCCUGGCCGGCAGCGGCGAUGACAUGGAGGAGGCCCACUUUGUGCUCCUACCAAUAGAUGCAAUGCAACAUGCGGAAAACCAACCAGGCAGUGACAGCGCACAGGCCGGCAAGGAGGCGGGACGGGUGCGGCUAGGGGUUGAGGCGCUUGCCAAGCGGGGCCUGGGCCACGCGCAGGCGGCUGCACCGCUGGCCGUCAGCGGGCCGCGCGGCGUCGCAUGCGCACCCGUAGGUCUACAACGCAUCGUGCUUCUGGACCUGGAGGAAGAGGAGGAUGAUGAAGCUGAGGGAUCUGAAGGAGGCCAGAGCAAAGCUGGCGAAUGAGAAAGCAGACGAGAGUCAGACUGUACUCGUUUUCAACUGAGAAUGCUUGACAUGCCCUGCUUGCGUAGGCAGCCAUGCACAUUUUUUGUCAGCCAGCUGCAUUGUCCGUCUACUUGUUAUGAUUACUCUUUUGUGUCUUGUUUUCAUAAAGCGUUACUGACACACAAUGACCAGCACCGGAUCAGCUUGUGAGUUUGUUAGAUCAUUCCAUUAC